UUUUCGGUUGAAAUAUGGCCAACAAUUUCGUGAUCGAGCCUUAUAAACAAGAUGGCGACAUUUCAUGUUUUUUGGAAAGAAUUGAAGAAUACUUUGAAUCAAAUGACACAAUAGAUGAAAAGAAGAAAUGUUCAAUAUUACUCAUCAGUUUGCAAGAAGAUGUCUACAGAAUCAUUAAAAACAUGUGUCAUCCAAAGGUGCCAAAAGAAUUGUCAUAUAAAGAGCUACAAGAAAAAUUAAAACUUAGAUUUGAGAAAAGAGUAUCAUUUUUCAGAAAGAGAAUUGAAUUUGACAGAAUGUUUCAACAAGAAGGAGAGAAAGUGGCAGAGUGGUAUUCUAGAGCAGUGCAUCAAGUAGCUCGAGGUAGGCAAGCCAAGCCCAGUAAUAGCAAGCAGAGCACGCACAAGCAAGCGAAGAAGCCGGAAAAGGAAACCGGAGAGCGGUUGAAAUGUAUUCAUUGCGGUAAACCUAAUCAUAAUUUUUCUAAGUGCAAGUAUAAGUCCUAUAAGUGUAAAAAUUGUGAGAAGACAGGUCAUUUAGCGGUUGUUUGUAAGAGCAAGGCUCAAACCCAUAGUGUUGAUACUAAAGAGGAAGAGGUUAGCAACAACAGUAUUGAUAUUUUUACUAUUCAGCAAAAUGUAGCAUAUGUUAAUUAUGUUUCACCUAUUUCAAUUCAAGGUUACAUUGAAAAUAAACAAGUCCAAAUGGAAUUGGACACAGGCGCUGCAAUUUCAUGUCUACCUGAAAGAAUUUACUUGUCAAAAUUUUCUCAUAUUAAGUUGCAACAUUCCAACAUUGAGCUGAAAACAUAUAAUGGUCAAAUAUUAAAACCGGUAGGGGAAAUUAAUUGUAAAAUUAAAUUAAAUGACAGCGAAGUUAAGUGCAAAAUAAUGGUAGUGAAAAAUGGUUGUAAAAUUUUAUUUGGUAGAGAUUUAAUACAGAAAUUCAAAUUAGAUAUUUCUAAACUUUUGUCAGUUAACUGUGUACAAAGUACUGAGGAAAAAUUGCAGUCCAUAUUAAAGGAAUAUGAUACACUAUUCAAAAAUGAGUUAGGCAUUAUUAAAGGGGAAGAGGUAACAUUAGAAUUAAUUGACAAAGAUGUAAAACCUAUUUUUCAUAAACCAAAGCCAAGAAAAAGAGAGACUUUAAAGACCAAGUUGAGGCCGAACUCACCAGACUAGAAAAAGAAGGUGUUAUUUCUAAGGCAGAAACAUCCCAGUGGGGAACACCAUUAGUCCCUGUUUUAAAGGAAAAUAAUAAAAUAAGGUUAUGUGCAAAUUACAAAGUUACAGUUAAUAAGCAUAUUAAAGAUGUUAACCAUCCUUUACCAAGGAUUGAGGACAUUUUUACUGCGUUACAAGGUGGUACAUCAUUCUCAAAAUUAGAUUUGAGAAAUGCAUACAAUCAUUUAUGUUUAAGCAAGGAGACUAGUGAACUUUUAGCAUGGUCAACACCUAAAGGUAUUUAUCGAGUUAAUAGAUUGCCAUAUGGUACAAAACCUGCCAGUUCUAUUUUUCAAAAUAAACUUGAAAAAGUUUUGUUAGGUGCUAAAGGUGUGGUCAAUUUUAUCGAUGAUGUAAUAGUCACAGGCUCCAACGAUGAAGAACAUUUAGAAAAUUUAAAAGAGGUUUUAAGAAGAUUCAAGGAAGUAGGUAUUCGUUUAAAUAAAAGUAAAUGUGAGUUUAUGCAACCUAAAAUUAAAUAUUUAGGUCAUUAUAUUUCUAAAAAUGGAUUAUCAAAGGAUAUGUACAAAGUGUACACAUUUAAAUAUGUUAAAGGCAUAGAUAAUGUGAAAGCCGAUUGCAUGUCCAGAUUACCUUUACCAUCACCUAUUUUAAAUGAUAAGAAGGAAUGUGAUUACAUAAAUUUUAUACAAGAUCAGAAUGUUAUAGACUUAAACUUAGUUCGCUCUGAAACUAGAAAAGAUCCAAUUUUGAGUAAUGUUUACAACAUGAUAAGGUAUGGAUUUCCUACACAUGUUAAUAACGAAAUUUUUAAACCAUUCAUAAAUAGACAAAGUGAACUCUAUAUAGAAAAUGGAGUAAUCAUGUGGGGUUAUCGUGUAGUAAUUCCUAAAAAGUUGCAUAAUAGUGUAUUACAAGAACUACAUGUUUCGCAUGAAGGAAUUGUGAGAAUGAAAAACAAUGCCAGAUCUUACUUUUGGUUUCCUAAUAUAGAUAGUAGUAUUGAAAAUUUUGUAAAAUCAUGUCAAGUAUGUAUGUCAGCUAGACCAGAACCUCAGAAAUCUAAACAGAUUCCAUGGCCAAAAGCUAAUUUUCCUUAUGAAAGAGUUCAUGCAGAUUUUUUGGGACCAAUUAAUGGUAAAAUGGUUUUAAUAAUAAUAGAUUGUUACACUAAGUGGCCAGAGGCAUUUAUUGUAAAAAGUUUGGAUGCUAAAACAACAGUAGAAAAAUUCAGAGAAUGUUUCAGUAGAUUUGGAUUACCUAAAGUAGUUAUUACUGAUAAUGCUGCUACAUUUUGUUCAAAAGAAUUUUCGGAUUUCAUUAAUAAAAAUGGCAUUAAACAUGAAACAUCACCACCUUUUCAUCCAGCAACUAAUGGUUUUGCAGAAAAUGCUGUAAAAAGCUUUAAAAGCUCUAUGCAGAAAUGUUUAAAUGAUGUUAAAAAUAGAAAUGUAUCAUUUGAAACUUUAAUGUAUAGAUAUUUAUUUCAUUACAGAAACUCAAUUCAUUGUGUUACUAAUGUUUCACCAGCAGAAGCUAUGUUUAAAAGAAAACUGAGAUCUAGAUUAGAUGUAUUAUCUACUAAAAAGGAUGUUAAGCAAA